AAUUUUCCAAAUAUGAAGAAUUCCCACAUUUCUUGUCUUCUUUUCUUUUACCUUUUGCUGGUCUCAGCAACCUCUGAUCUUAUCCAAAAAUCUUGCUAUGAAGCUUCAAAGGGUAAUCCUGCUAAUAUUAAGUUGGACUUUUGUGUAUCAGCUUUUGAAGGGAAUCCCAAAGCCAAAGCAGCCUAUGGAGUUGCAGAUUUGGUUUUAGUCUCCAUUGAGACCGCCAUAGCUAAUGCCACGGCCAUCGGCUCCAAAAUAUCCAAGCUUUUGGAUGACAAACGCUUCGGAAUUUUUGCAAGGAACUGCUUGAAAGAUUGCUCAGAGCUUUACUCUCUUGCAGGGUCUAGUUUAGAAACAGGUUUGGAUGCUUUUCAGGCUGUAGAUUAUGGAACUGCUAAUGCAGAAAUAAGUGCUGCCUUGGAUGCACCAGUGACUUGUGAAGACCAGUUCAAGGAGAAGAAAGGGUUGGUGUCCCCAUUGACAAAGGAAAACAACAAUUUCCAUCAGCUAACUGCAAUCCCUCUUGCAUUCAUGAAAAUGGUCCAGCAAUGAUGAUAACACUUGCUUGUUUAUGUAUUUACUGUCACUUCAAUAAUAUUUUAUCAACAUUUUGCUAGUGAUAA